AUGCCGUUACGAUUAGACAUCAAACGCAAACUGGUCCAACGCUCCGAUCGCGUCAAAGGGGUGGAUUUACACCCGGUGGAACCGUGGAUUCUGGCGAACUUGUACUCCGGGAACGUGUUCAUUUGGAACCACGCGACGAAUAGUUUAGUGAAGAGCUUCGACGUGACGGAGUUACCGGUACGAACGGCGAAGUGGUGCCUGCGGAAACAAUGGAUCGUCUGCGGUUCGGACGAUAUGUUCAUUCGAGUGUAUAACUAUAACACUUCGGAGCUUAUUAAAGCGUUCGAGGCGCACGCGGAUUACAUUCGGUCGGUGUGCGUGCACCCGACGCAACCGUUCGUAUUGUCGUGUUCGGACGAUAUGUUGAUUAAGUUGUGGUCGUGGGAGAAAGAUUGGGAUUGCAUGCAGAUUUUUGAGGGCCAUUCGCACUACGUGAUGCAAGCGUGCUUUAACCCGAAAGAUACGAACACGUUCGCGUCGGCGAGUUUGGAUCGAACCGUCAAGGUGUGGUCGAUUGGCCAACCGACGCCGAACUUUACGUUGGAAGGCCACGAGAAAGGGGUGAACUGCGUGGAUUACUUUACCGGUGGGGAUAGGCCGUAUUUGAUUUCUGGCGCGGACGAUAAGUUGGUGAAGAUUUGGGAUUACCAAACGAAAACGUGCGUGCAAACGUUGGACGGGCACUCGCACAACGUCAGUGCUGUGGCGUUUCACCCGGAGUUGCCGAUCAUCAUCACCGGUAGCGAAGACGGGACGUUGAGAAUUUGGCACCAAACGACGUACAGAUUGGAAAACACCUUGAAUUACGGCUUAGAGCGCGUGUGGGCGAUUGGAGUUAUUAAAGGUUCCAACGCCGUCUCGGUCGGUUACGACGAAGGGACGGUCAUGUUCAAGAUUGGGAGAGAAGACCCGGUGGCGAGCAUGGACGCGAGCGGUAAAAUAGUGUACGCGAAGCAUAACGAAGUGCAAACGGUUAACGUGAAAGCUUUACCGCAAGACUACGAGAUCGCGGACGGGGAGAGAUUGCCGUUAGCCGCGAAAGACUUUGGUUCGUGCGAUUUGUACCCUCAAUCCAUUGAACACAACCCGAACGGGAGAUUUAUCACCGCGUGCGGCGACGGCGAGUAUAUCAUUUACACCGCGUUGGCGUGGAGAAACAAAGCGUUUGGUUCAGCGUUAGAGUUUGGAUGGUCUGCGGAUGCGAGCGAAUACGCCAUUCGCGAGUCGCCGAGUAAGAUUAAAAUCUUCAAGAACUUUAAAGAAAAAUUGGAGUUUCGCCCGCACUUCGCAGCAGAAGGCUUGCACGGCGGCGCUUUGUUGGGUUUGAGAUCGACUGAUUUUAUUUGCUUUUACGAUUGGGAACAAGCGAACGUCAUUCAGCGCAUCGACGCGACGGUGAGAGAUGUGAAAUGGUCAGAGUCCGGGGAAAUGUGCUGCAUCAUCUCCGAAAACAGCUUCUAUAUUUUGAGGUACGACCCGGAAGUCGUCGCCGCGGCGUUUGAAAGCGGCGAGUUUGACGAAGGCGAAGGCGUCGAGGACUCGUUCGAGCUCUUGGCGGAAAUUUCGGAAACUGUUUUGACCGGUAUUUGGGUUGGCGAUUGUUUCGUGUACAACAACUCGGAUAUGCGCUUGAACUACGUCAUCGGCGGUGAAGUCACGACAUUGUUCCACAUGGAUCGACCGAUGUAUUUGUUGGGGUACUUGGCCGCGCAAAGUCGCUUGUACUUGAUCGACAAAGAGUUCCAAAUCGUCACGUACACGAUGCUUUUGAGCGUCAUUGAGUUUAAAACGUUAGUUUUGCGAGGCGAAUUAGAAGCCGCGGAGGAGUUGUUGACGUCUAUUCCGACGGAACACCACAACUCCGUCGCUCGAUUCUUGGAGGCUAGAGGUUUGGUCUCGGACGCUUUGAGAGUGGCGACUGAUCCGGACUUUAAGUUUGAACUCGCGGUACAACUCGGCGAGCUUGGUAUCGCGAAAGAAAUCAUCGAAUCUUACAACGACGACGUCGGCGAGAGUAAGUGGAAACAGCUCGGCGAGCUCGCGAUGUCUACCGGUGAGCUCGAUUUAGCCGCCGCGUGCUUGGACCGCUCGGGCGAUUUGAGCGGUCAACUCUUGUUGGCUUCCGCCGCGGCAAACCCGAAGCAGUUGAUGCAACUCGCCGAAGCUGCCAAAGCCAAAGGCAAGAACAACGUCGCGUUCGUUUGUUUGUUUUCGUUGGGUGAUAUCGACGCGUGCUUGGACUUGCUCGUGGAAACUGGAAGAGUCCCCGAAGCCGCUUUCAUGGCGCGAACGUACGCGCCGUCUAGAGUUUCCGAAAUCGUCCAGUUAUGGAAAUCCGAUUUAGGUAAGAUUAACAAGAAAGCCGCCGAGGCAUUAGCCGACCCCGCGGAGUUUGCAAACUUGUUUCCAAACUUUGACGAAGCUUUAGUGAUGGAAGAAGACGCCAAAAAGACCAAAAUGUCCAGCAAGAGACCGUCGGCGUCGGCGUACGGAGGGGAGCAAGAGUUAGCGAAACAGAUGGAAAAAUCGGCGACCGUAGCAGAAGAACAAGAAGAACAAACAAAAAACGAAACGAAAGAAGAAAAGGAAGAACCGGCGCAGAACGCGCCUCCGACGCCCAAGUCGGAGCCGCCGAAAUCGCCAAAGAAAGAGGCGAAGAAAGCGACGCCACCGGCCAGUCCAAAAGCGCCGCCUUCUCCUUCGCCGAAAAAGGCGGAAAAGGAAGAAGAAAAACCGACGAAGGAAGUCCCGGCGCCGAAAAUCCCCGCCCCGAAAUCUCCAAAGAAAGCAGCGCCAGAGCCUCCGGCGAGCCCGAAGGCGGCUUCCGCAGCAACGCCUCCGGAUGAUUUCGUCGACGCGAACGAGGAAGGCCCCGCCGGGGACGAAGACGCCGACGAGUGGAUCGACGAACCGACCGAUUAA